UUCCAAGUAUGUAAAAAGAACAAAGUGUGUAAAUGCACAUCGGCAAGGACACCAAGGUAAAAAGAAUGAAAGAAUUAGACCAACUAAACUACUUUACUAAAAAGUGAGAGUGAGUGAAUAAACAUAUCUCUCUACUCUAGUCAAUAUAAGGAAUAAAUUUGGAUUUAGAUUUUAGAGUCUCUCCUCCACUUUUACUUUGCUUUUUUCUCUUUGGGGCAUUUGAUUGUAAAUGAAAUGAAAUGAAUGAAUGAAAUGAUGAUGAUGAUGUGGAAAUAGAAGAGUGGGUAGUAGCAGUAAAAUAAAAUUAUCAAAGUCUUCUUCUUCUCUUCUCUUCUCUUCUCCUCUAGUAUAGAAGAAAUAAGAACAAGUGGGAGAUGCCGCAUGGAGUGCUUGGCCAUGCUAAGGCAAUUUAUCGGACAAGUUCAGGAGCUUUGGGAACUCUACGGUUUUCCUCCACCUCCUCCUCCUCUUCACCACUACCACCACCACCACCACCUUCAAACCCCACAACACCAAUACCAACACAGUUGGUGCUUGCUUGACCUUGAUAACAGCUCGGUGCGUGAUGGUUGCUAUGAUCUUGUAAUGAAGGAAAGAAAAUCUGGCAAUUUCAAGAUGCUGCAGCCUCUCAUGUCUCUUCCACCUGCCAAAAAACCCCGGAAAGAACGAUACCGUGACAAAAUGCCAGAACCUGCUAGUUUGACCGAGAUAAUGGAACACCGAAUUUGGAAAGAAUUUCCUGAGGACCUCUUUGAAGCUGUUAUUGCAAGACUUCCUGUUGCCACGAUUUUUCGCUUCAGAUCAGUUUGCAGGAAAUGGAAUCUCUUAGUGGACUCUCCCAGUUUCUCUCGACGUUAUUCUGAAGUCCCAAAAGAGAACCCAUGGUUCUACACAAUCGCUCACGAGCAUGAAAACACUGGAGCCAUAUUUGAUCCUUCCACAAAGAAAUGGCAGCAUCCUUCCAUAUCCAAUUUACCUGAGAAGGUGAUCCCGCUCCCAGUGGCUUCAGCUGGUGGUCUUGUUUGUUUCUUGGACAUUGGGCACAAGAACUUCUUUGUGUGCAACCCUUUAACUCAGUCAUUCAAGGAACUUCCUGCAAGGCCAGUAAGUGUGUGGUCCCGUAUAGCCGUGGGGAUGACUGUGAACAGGAAUUCGACCACUGAGGGGUACAAGAUCCUCUGGUUGGGAUCUGACGGGGAGCAUGAGGUUUAUGACUCAGGGAAGAACUCUUGGACCAAGCCUGGAGGCAUGCCUUCAAGCAUCAAGCUUCCACUGUUCUUAAACUUCCGAUCCCAAACCUUGUCCAUCGAUAGUUCGCUGUACUUCAUGCGUGCUGAUCCGGAAGGGAUUGUGUCUUACGACAUGGAUAACGGAGCAUGGAAGCAGUAUGUUGUUCCGGCGCCGCCCCACCUGUCGGAUCACACACUUGCAGAGUGCGGGGGCAAGGUCAUGCUUGUUGGUCUGCAGACAAAGAAUGCAGCCACGUGCGUGUGCAUAUGGGAGCUUCAGAAGAUGACGCUCCUGUGGAAGGAGGUUGACAGAAUGCCAAAUUUUAUGUGCUUGGAAUUUUACGGGAAGCACAUUAAGAUGACUUGUUUAGGUAACAAAGGUGUGAUCAUGCUGUCCUUGAGGUCGAGGCAGAUGAACCGCGUAGUUACCUAUGAUUUUUCGAGGAGGGAGUGGGAAAAGGUUCCGCCUUGUAUACUCCCAUGUGGAAGGAAGAGACCAUGGAUCGCAUGUGGUACAGCGUUCCAUCCAUCUCCUACUGCUUCAGCCUGAUCUGCUUGUUUUUUUUCCUGCUCUAGUACUCUUGCAGGUGAGCAAACAAGAUUCACGAGAGAGAUGUUGUUAUCUGGGUUGACCAGCACCCUUUUCUGCAAAGCUCUCUGUUUACGCAAAGUUUUCCAGGAUUUGACUCCGCGGUGGGAACCUAGCAGUGACUGUGUAUGACGAACAGACAGUCAUGAUGCUGAAUAAAUCCGGGUUCUUUUUUAAAUUCCUUUUUUUUUUCCUUCUUGCAAGUAGUAUAUCAUGUAAACUUUCCAAGAAACUUAAUUUUGAAGGACUAGUAGAUAUGAAGUUCCUUCCUUCACUGUGAUUGUAGAAGAUUUAUGUAUAUCAUCAUCAGUACUUUGUAUUA